AGAGAGUCCCCAGUCAGUAACCAGACGUGAGCUGUGAGGGGCAAGCUGGCAGACGGCACUAAACACAGUCACCCAUCGGACCAUCUGCUCUCUGCCUUCCUGAGUCCCAGACUACAGAAGACAGGUGACUGUACCCUUGGCCAAGGGUAGGUGUGGCAUUGGUGUCCGCUGCUGCCGUGCCCACGUUGGCGUCCACGCAGUCAGACUCAGCAGAAGAAGCAACUGCCACCUGACGCUCUCGGCCUGAUCCAGGGCCAUUCACCAGGAGCAUGGGGCUCCCUGAUAUCCAGCUCUGGCUGGUGCUGCUGUGGGCACUGGUGUGGGCACAGGGGGCAGAGUCUGUGUGUCCCUCCUGUGGGAGUCCCACACUGGAGCCCCAAGCAGAACGAGCUCUGGUCCUCGAGCUAGCCAAGCAGCAAAUCCUCGAGGGGCUGCACCUGACCAGUCGUCCCAGAAUAACUCAUCCUCCACCCCAGGCAGCACUGACCAGAGCCCUCCGGAGACUGCGGCAAGGAAGCGUGGCUCCAGAGAAUGGGGAGGAGGUCAUCAGCUUUGCUACCAUCACAGACUCCUCCACCUCCGCCUGCAGCUCCGUGCUCACCUUCCACCUGCCCACUCCUCGGUCCCACCACCUGUACCACGCUCGCCUCUGGCUGCACGCGCUCCCCACCCUUCCUGGCACUCUUUCCUUGAGGAUUUUCCGAUGGGGCCCUGGAAGGAGACGCCGAGGAUCUCGCGUCCUCCUGGCUGAGCACCAAAUGACAACCCCAGGCUGGCACGCCCUGACUCUGCCCUCUAGUGGCUUGAGGGCUGAGGAGCCUGGUGUCCUGAAACUCCGGCUGGACUGCAGGCCCCUAGAAGGCAACAGCACAGCUGCCCGACAACCUCGGCGGCUCCUGGACACAACGGGAGAGCAGCGGCCCUUCCUGGAGCUUAAGACCCGGCCCAAUGAGCCUGGAACAGGCCGGGCCAGGAGGAGGACCCCCACCUGUGAGCCUGAGACCCCCUUAUGUUGCAGGCGAGACCAUUAUGUAGACUUCCAGGACCUGGGAUGGCAGGACUGGAUCCUGCAACCCGAGGGGUACCAGCUGAAUUUCUGCAGUGGGCAGUGCCCCCCGCACCUGGCUGGCAGCCCAGGCAUCGCUGCCUCCUUCCAUUCUGCCGUCUUCAGCCUCCUCAAGGCCAAUAACCCUUGGCCCUUGGGUACUUCCUGCUGUGUCCCCACUGCCCGAAGGCCUCUCUCUCUCCUCUACCUCGACCGUGAUGGCAAUGUGGUCAAGACAGAUGUGCCAGAUAUGGUGGUAGAGGCCUGUGGCUGCAGCUAG